AUGGACACUGAUUUUAGCUACAUUCACGAAGUCGACGAUGACCUCCGCGGCGAUAUACUGGGACUUCUAAUUGAUACUCGUUUCCGCGCUAGACAAAAUGACGGGCGGAAUGCGCAACAGGCUAUAGAAGACACAAUCAUGUACCUAUCAGCAUUUGGUCCAGAAAUUUUCGAGCAUAGUAUGGAUAUUAUCUGGGACAAGGAACUUUUCCGCGACGAUGUCAACGUCUUUUACGGAGGCCCCCGAAUGGUUGCGGUUGGUCCUCCACGGGCCGGACAAGGACGUACUAUUGUGCUAGACAUGAUUGAAAUGGUUCAGCUGCCCGAGUCUUGGUUUAUUCAGGGUGUUGUUCUUCCUGAUCUUGGUUUUGCUCAGGGCUUCGAUACUGUGGAUUUCCGCGGUCUGACUGCUCAAACUCUUGCUUCGUUGACACGUAAAGCGGUAGGUGAGCUUGUUUCUGCUGGCAAGGAGACUGACUGUGCUAUUUGCAGGGAGAAUGUUGCGGCUAACUCUGAUGUUAUUGUUCUUCCUUGCGAACAUUGGUUCUGUGUUCGAUGCAUUACCACUUGGCUGCGGGAUAACAACAGCUGCCCUAUGUGCCGUCACACACUGUGA